AUGAUGCUGAGGGUCACGGGGUCAUUGGCGGCCUCCGGGCCUGGAGGCUGAUUGAAGCCUCGGCUUUGAUUUUGUGUCGUAGCCGGCGAUCCGCUGCGCUGGUCGGUUUGGUGACCGGGUGUGGGCGUUGGGAAUGGCCAAGCGGAUGAAGAGCGAGUACAUGAAGCAAUUCCAGGGGCCGAGUUGGGAGGUUUACGGCAGUUGUUACUUGGCGCUGCUCGAGUACCGCAGCAUGAGGCGGCUCCUGGAACAGGCCCAUGUCCCCUGGAUCUGGGACCCGGCCUCAGAAUCCGGAUCCGGAUCCAGCUCCGGCUGCUCCACACCGUCAGAACCGGCAGAGACAGGGCCCCAGCCUCAGGGCCUGGAACCGGCGGCUCAGCCGCUGGAGCCACCGGCGGCGACAGGGGCUGAAGAUUUUGCUGAAGCCGGUGAAAAGGUUAAAGACGAGGAGCCAACGGGGAGCGAAAGGCGCCUCCAGCCUGAGGCUAGUUGCCGAGUGAAAAGGACCAACUUGGAGACAUCCCCCAAAGCCCCUCAGCCCACGGCAGCCCUCGGUGCCCCCAAGGAAACGAAAGCUCCAUUUGCGAUGUUUGGUUGGGCAGAGAGAGACGCCGAGGUGGGCUGUAAGAAAACCUACAACGUUAGUGCAUCUGCUUUGAAAGGACAGAUCUAUGAAUCUGCAGUACGUGCUCAUGACAGACGUCAGGUACAGAAAGCAAUGCGUACACCUCAGAGACGACCGCGUGCUAAAGUGACUUCAACCACCCACUUACAUGAUGGGCAGUGUAAAUCUUCCCUCGGACAUAAAUCACUGUCUGAUCACUUGAAAGUUCGAGUAUUGAAGCCUGUUGGAGCAGAAGAUCCCUGGCUGUCUGAAUACAUGAGAUGUUAUUCAUCACGCUCACUCUGAGUCUGCACAGCUUCCUGUUGAAUAGUGUGUGGGCUGGUAGAAUAAUUUAUUGAUUCAGGUCUGUUUUGGGCUCAGUAACGGGCCCUAAUUGGAGUCUGUAUAUCCGGGCUGAUACGUGGGGAAACUGAUAAGUAGCAAACACAGGAACUGUUUUGCUGAUUUGUAGAAUAGACCCAGUGAUAGUAUUGGUGUUUUGUCUUCGCACCGCAACAUGGCAACAGGAGCAGAGGCCCAUUUUGGAAUUGGGGAAUUUAUUCCUGUGUGUUGCAGUUAUUUUCUAAACUGAUUAUUGACUGUUCUGAUUACUGUCAGUUGUGCAAUGUCUACUAUUGAGAGUUUCAUUAGUGUGUAUAUAUGAUAGGUAGCACAUGAAUUUCUGUAAACUCGAUGUUAUUUUGCACAAAUGGAUCAAUUGCACUGGUAACCUUUAUGGUUUUGUCUUUUUUUUAUAACUAUAUGCACUAUCAUGAGUGCAUCUCUUGGAAAGUUCAUUGAACUUUUUGUACAGGGCUUCAUAUUUGUAACCUUUUUACACUUGUAGGGUUCUCUCGUCAUUGUAGAUAAUCUAUCACAUUGCUAUUUUGUACAUUUACAACAGUUACUGCUUGUCAAAAGUACCUUUUUGAUUUGUAAAUCACUUUGGACAGUCUGAGAUUUGUGAAACUUGCUGUAAAUAUAUGGCCUUGCUUCUUAUGUUGUGCCUGCUCAGUAAAUGGAUUUAUAUUUGUGA